ACGCGUGACGGAGAUUACACAGGUGGGAGGGAGAGAGAAAGAUUCAUUCGACCUCAAGUGUUCAUUCAGGAGAGUAUACACACUCACAAAACAGCAGGGACUACAGUAAGGAUCUUUGUGUCCAGCAUGGAUAUUUCAGGUAUUCCAAGCCCCCCAUACACCCAAACCCCAAAUCCACUCUCAUUGAACCCCCCACCACCCUACCCGGGCAUUAGAGCUAACGGGAUGGUAAAUGGACAGGCUGAUAAGUCAUUCCUCAGAACUCAGUUGGAGGUGGAUGUGCUCAAUCGUUGUUUUGAUGAUAUUGAAGCGUUCAUUGGGAAGUUGCAGCAGUCAGCAGAGGCUCAUAUUAUUCUCAACCAAAGGAGUAAAAAAAAGAAGAAAAGCCAGAAGAAAAGUGCCGAAGAGGAUCUUCUCACAGCAAAAGCCAAACCACCUUCUGAGAAAGAGUUUAUCGACACUUUCCAGAUAUUUAAAUACAGUUUGAGUCUGCUGGCACGGUUAAAAUCUUCCAUCUUCAAUCCGACCUCAGAAGAGCUCGUUCAUCACGUCUUCAAACCUCUCUUGAUGAUAGUGAAGGCAACAAGAGGUCCUGGUUUAGCUGCAUCUGUGUCCAGUCCGGCUAUGACACAAGGAGCCGUGACUCUGCUACAGAAUAACUUGACAGCACAGGAAAAUGAGUUAUGGGUCUCACUGGGGCCCAACUGGACACAGCCAAGAUCUGCUCUGCGGAGCCCUGUGGCGCCAUACACACCCUUAUUUCUGGAUGGAUGGAAGCUUUCAGGGACAGAGGUCACCGGUUGGGUCGACCCGGUGGAAUCACAACACAAACAAGACGCAGAGCUCUCUACAGUUUAUUACAAUAAUCUUACGCCCUCUCAGCCCUCCGAUUAUCACUCUCAUCCAGUUCAGACCACAGACAAACAUGAUGGUGUUGUUGUGAAAGAGAGGUUAUAUCGCUGCAGUUAUGACUUUGUUGCACGAAACAACAGUGAGCUUUCAGCACUGCAAGGACAAAAGCUAGAGGUGAUCGAAUCAUCUAAGCGCUGGUGGAAGUGUCGUAAUGAAUAUAAUGAAAUUGGAUUCAUACCGUUCAACAUUCUGGAGCCCAUCACACACAUGGAUAGCCCUGUAACACAUAAAACUCCAAAGCCGCCCGCUGCUCCACCAAUCUUCAACACCCUGCCUAAUCCCUCCGCCGUGACCUCUGACCCCAGCGCCCCUCGGCCACGCAGCAUGGCUCUCGGACAACAACAUCUAAAUGAGGAUACAGAGAAAGUGAUGCAGGUAAAUGAUGAAUUACUGCAGCGACUAACAAACGGAAAGAAUUUAUCUCCCCGUCUGGUGAUUCCUCGCUCCAUGGACACAUCGGCCCCGCUGGAUUACAACUCGCCAGCUGCAGAGGUGGAAAACUGGCUGCGAAAGAAAUGCUUCAGUGAACCGACAGUUCAGUGUUUGCGAGUGCUGAAUGGAGCUCAGCUCUUCUCUCUUAGUAAAGAAGAGCUGCGUGCUGUUAUUCCUGAAGAGGGCACUAGAGUCUACAGUCAGCUCACAGUACAGAGAGCCCAGCUGGAGGAUGCUCGUAGAGCGACAGAGUUGGAGGCUGUGAUGGAGAGACAGAAGAUGAAGGUGGAUCUGAAACUGGAGAGUGAAACUCUAUGAAUUUAUCUAUUUAUGAUUAAAUGUGUGCACUGACAUGAAGACUAAAUGUUUAUAUACUCUCUCUCUCUCUCUCUCUCUCUCUCUCUCUCUCUCUCUCUCUGUCUCACGCGAAUGUGCUUGCACAUGAUGAUUUAAGUGUUACUGUAACCUGCUUAGUGGAUUAUUUAUCCUAUUUAGCUUAAUUGCAUGAAAAUCUUCACAAUAUGUACAAACUUUAAAAUUUUUAAAGUAAUAUGGGUUAAUAUAUUGUCAACAAAUAAAUGUAAUGCACAAAU